UCCCGCCUUCUAUUUUGUAGGAUUGGUACAUUUGUGAGCGGGCUUAGAGUAUUCCGCACUGAUCAGGAGCUCAGAUUGUGAUUUUAAACAUCACAGACCUAUCAUAUCAGAGUAAAUGGAGGACACAAAGCCUGAGGAAACGAAUGUGGAGGAGCAGAAAGAUGAGCAGAAUAAGAUCUGUCUAGAAAAAAUAGAGGAAGCCAAACUGAGGGACAGAUACCCUAACCUGGGUAAUAAACCCGGAGGAUCCGAUCUGCUCAGAAAAAGACUGCAGAAGGGGCCGAAAUACUUUGACUCGGGCGACUACAACAUGGCGAAGGCCAAGACCAAGAACAAGCAGCUUCCAGUGGCACAGACGGAGAAGGCCGAGAUCACCGGAGACCACAUCCCCACCCCUCAGGACCUGCCGCAGAGGAAACCCUCUCUGGUGGCCAGCAAACUGGCAGGCUGAUACCUGCUGCUGUCCUUCACUCCACACUCCCUCUUCCUGUCUCUUCAUCCACAUUUAUCUCCGAUCCUGCAUUCCUGCCCUCGUCCUCUUUCGUUUCCUGUCUUAUCUGAAAAUACACUGAAUAUUCAAGAGUUGCAGAUGGCUGUAAUGCCGCACUGUGAGAUGGGUUGGGUCGUGGCUCCAAAGGCGGUUCUCAAAGUUCUCAAAAGGACUCUGAUAUUUUAAAUGUGUCGUAGUAUGUAGUUCAAAGUGUACAUAUUUGCUAGUGAGUGAGGGUAAACAGCAUUUUAGAAGAUGCAUUUAAUUCUAACCAUUCCUGUAUUACCCACUGCUUCUUAGAGCAAAGUUCCUCAACCCUGUUCCCGGGAACCCACUGUCCUGCAAGCUGAAUUUCACACCGAUGUGUUUUUCAAGUGAUCCCGAAGAGCUUGAUUAGCUUGUUCAGGUGUGUUUGAUUGGGUUUGAAUACCUCUGGUCACCAAAAAAUGAAAAUUCUGUCAUUAUUUACUCAACUCGUAUGACUUUAUUUCCUCUGGCGAAUGCAAAAGGAAGAUGUUUAGUGGAAUGUCCAAGCUGCUCUUUUUCAAACAAAGAAGGUCUGGGCAGUAGAGCUCUAUUAAUUUCAAAAAAGUACUUGUAUUUUGAUACUAUACAAUAACUCAAAAACUAGUAGGUUUUGCAAUUAUUCAUGAGAAAUGCAUCAACCGAAACGCAAAAGCACCAUAAAUAAAACAAAUUCGAACAAACAUCAAGUUAAGUCUAAAUAUGCAUGAAUGAGAUUUAAAAGCUUUUUUGGGGUAGCACUUUACAUAAGGUCCCACUAGAUAACAUUAGUUAAUAAUUUAACACAUUUGUUCCAGUGUUUAUGGAUCGUAAAGUUAGUUCAUUGUUGGUUCGAGAUUACGAAAUGCUAUUUUUUUAUCGUUAGUUCAUGGUCAACUAAUGCGAGCAAAUGGAACCCCAUCGUAAAACGUUACAGCUAUUACAACCAGCAGAUGCUGUUAGAAUGACAGAAAGGUGAGUAAAUGAUAUCAGAAUUUUCAUUUCAGAGUGAACUUUUCCAUUAUUUGUGGAGUUAAUUGCUUGAAUCAAUAAUGAAUUGAAAGUAAUCUCUAAUAAUGUGGUUGAUCUGCACCCCUUUUGGUUCAUGAGAAUGCUUGUUUCUUUUUGUCACGCUUCAGCUUUAAGUGAAGGACACUUGGUUCGUCAUGUUUGAUAGCAUGUAAUGCAGAUCUCUGAGGCUGCUGUCAUCUUGCCUUGUAUCAUAGAGCUUAAAGCCUUAUAAUGAUGUAGUGCCAUCACACAGAUUGGCAAGCAGUUCUAGAACGCCACACGUUCACGUCACGCAUCAUUUGUGUCUGGUUGUAGACACCAGGCAGUGAGGAUCUUUCACCUUCUGAUGUGUAGUAAACUCCAUGAGAUCUCCUGUACAUUGUCUUCUAUGCAGAGGAGGGAGACAGUUGGCUGUCGGUUCCUCACACCACGUCGUCGCACUACAGUAAAUUGUCCACGGUUUGCAUGAGCAUAAACUGUGGCCGCUUUUGAGCCAUUUUGACUUGUAAAUAAAAUAGUUUUGCAAACCUUC